UUCGCCCUUCGAGCAGCGCUGAGCGGGUAGCAGGUCCGGGCGCAGGGAGGGGACCUGGCCAGCUGCCGCCGCCUCCUCCUCGCCCGCCGCAAACUUUCACAAAGCGGCGGGUCCGGCCUCAUCAAUCUGCAUUAAUAAUAGUUGGUUGGGCCGCGGGGGGCGGGCGGGGUCCCGGGCCGGCCGGGCCGUUGGGAAGCGCGGGGCUCGGGGCGCGGGAGCCGGGAGCGGCGGCGGGCGGAGGGAGCAAGUGAAGCGUAAUUUGAGGAAGAUGGAUGAGUCCGGAGGGCGACACCCCCAGCCCGCCCGCCCGCCCCCUCCCUCCUUAUGAGUGAGGGAGCGCGGCGCCGGAGCCACACUGCGCCGAGCCCGCGCCCCGCCGCCACCUCGGCCCGCGCGCCCGCAGCGAGCCCUGCGUGUCCGCGCGGGGCGCACGGCGGGCCCGGGCAGCGCCAUGCAGAGAGCGGCGGGCGGCGGCGCCCCCGGGGGCAGCGGCGGGGGCAGUGGCGGCCCGGGCGCCGCCUUCUCCAUCGACUCGCUCAUCGGGCCGCCGCCGCCGCGCUCGGGCCACCUGCUCUACACCGGCUACCCCAUGUUCAUGCCCUACCGGCCACUUGUGCUGCCACAGGCGCUGGCCCCCGCGCCGCUGCCCGCCGGCCUGCCGCCUCUGGCCCCACUUGCCUCAUUCGCGGGCCGCCUGAGCAAUACCUUCUGCGCAGGGCUGGGCCAGGCGGUGCCCUCGAUGGUGGCGCUGACCACUGCGCUGCCCAGCUUCGCAGAGCCUCCUGACGCGUACUACGGACCCCCGGAGCUCGCCGCUGCCGCCGCCGCCGCCUCCACCGCCUCGCGAAGCAACCCGGAGCCGGCGGCCCGGCGCACAGAGGGAGCGCUGGACGCAGAUGAGCUGCUGCCGGCGCGCGAGAAAGUGGCUGAACCCCCGCCGCCCCCGCCGCCGCACUUCUCAGAGACUUUCCCGAGUCUUCCGGCAGAGGGGAAGGUGUACAGCUCAGAUGAGGAGAAGUUGGAGGCCCCAGCAGGAGAUGCAGCAGGCAGCGAGCAGGAGGAAGAGGGCUCAGGCGGUGACAGCGAGGACAGCUUCCUGGACAGUUCUGCUGGGGGCCCAGGGGCUCUUCUGGGACCUAAACCGAAGCUAAAGGGAAGCCUGGGGACUGGCGCUGAGGAGGGGGCAUCAGUGGCCACAGGGGUCACCACUCCUGGGGGGAAAAGCCGAAGGCGGCGCACAGCCUUCACCAGUGAGCAGCUUUUGGAGCUGGAGAAGGAGUUUCACUGCAAGAAAUACCUGAGCCUGACAGAGCGCUCCCAGAUCGCCCAUGCCCUCAAGCUCAGUGAGGUGCAGGUAAAGAUCUGGUUUCAGAACCGCCGGGCCAAGUGGAAGCGCAUCAAGGCUGGCAAUGUGAGCAGCCGCUCCGGGGAGCCCGUGAGAAACCCCAAGAUUGUGGUGCCCAUACCUGUGCAUGUCAACAGGUUUGCUGUGCGCAGCCAGCACCAACAGAUGGAGCAGGGAGCCCGGCCCUGACCAGGCUGCUGGGGACUGGAAGGCAAAGGAUCUGUCUGCACCUGUGCCUGUCCAAGACUCACUGGGUGCUGAAAGGGCCGGUGGA